AUGCCCCUCAUGCAAGACCUAGGUGGUCAAAUGUGGAAAGAAUACGCAAAAGCCGACUCUCGAUACAUGACGAUUGAACCAUUUGUGGUUAGCAUGGAAACAGUCACCGCUGUCUUUUGGGGUCCACUUUCCUACAUCAUCGCUUGGAUGAUUCUUGUCAAGUCUCCUUAUCGUCAUCCGACACAAAUUCUGGUCUCCAUGGGUCAGUUCUACGGCGAUGUUCUGUACUACGGGACGAGCAUUUUAGAAGAUUAUUACAAUGGACGGUCUUAUUCUCGUCCCGAGGGUUAUUACUACUGGGGUUACUUUAUCUUCUUGAAUGCUUUCUGGAUUGCAAUUCCAGCUUAUUGUAUGUACCAGAGUUCGUCCGCGUUCGUCACAGCAUUUCGAAAGUCCGAAUCUCAAUCUGAAAAGAAGAAAUUGUAA